CUGAAACUCUAACACGAGGAACAAAGAGCUCAUCACAAUGUCAGACGGGUAUGUGUGGUUUGAAGGGGUGCCUUUCCCUACCAAGGGUUUCACACCUGAAGUCCUGAGAGAAGUGCGGGAGAGUUUUGUGUUUAAGGAUGAAGAUGUCUUAAUACUGACUUACCCCAAAUCAGGAACAAACUGGUUGAUUGAAAUUGUCUGCCUGGUUUACUCCAAGGGCGAUCCCAAGCGGAUCCAAUCUGUGCCCAUUUGGGAACGCUCGCCCUGGGUAGAAGCUGAGUGUGGGUAUAAUGCACUAAAGGAUAAGGAAGGCCCCCGCCUCAUCAGCACCCACCUCCCCAUCCAGCUCAUCCCCAAGUCUCUCUUCAAUUCCAAGGCCAAGGUGAUUUAUCUCAUCAGAAAUCCCAGAGAUGUUCUCAUGUCUGGUUAUUUUUUCUAUGGGGUUUCAUCUUUUGCUGAGAAAUUUGAGUCAUUGGAAGAAUAUUUUGAAUGGUUCAUCAAAGGAAAUCUGCCAUAUGGAUCCUGGUUUGACCACACUCAUGGCUGGAUGUCCAUGAGAGGGAAGGAGAACUUCCUGAUACUGAGUUAUGAAGAGCUGAAACGGGACACAAGAAGCAUCAUAGAGAUCUGCCAGUUCCUAGGCAAGAAAUUAGAACCAGAAGAACUGAACUCUGUCCUCAAGAAUAGCUCCUUCCAGGUCAUGAAAGAAAACAAGAUGUCCAAUUAUUCCCUCCUGCAAGAUCAAUGUCUCAGUAAGAAUGGAAUACUUCUGAGAAAAGGCAUUUCUGGGGACUGGAAAAAUUACUUCACAGUGACCCAAGCUGAAGCCUUUGAUAAGAUAUUCCAGGAGAAGAUGGCAGAUCUUCCUCAAGAGCUGUUCCCAUGGGAAUAAUUUUCAAAAACUUCUGGAUCUUACAUGAAUAUUAAUAUCUGUUUUCCUAUCCUUGUACAUAUGCAUGAAUGGGAGUAAUUGCAGAAAACCCGUAUUUCAUCCUGAUGCCUCAAAUGAUCAAAUCUUUGCAUCUUUGAGGACUUGAUUGCUAAAAAUUACCAGGGAACCCCUAAUUCACUUUGUGGCAUCCCAGCUUUUAAAAAAAUAUUUGUAAUGUUUCAUACAAACAGUAUGCUGCAGAAAUAUUAUAAGUAGUACCCAAAAUUAUGUCAGACUUUUUAAAUAAAAAUGAGAUAUAA